UCACAUUUUUUCUGUUAUCAUUACUUCAAUUUAACUCGUGCAUUCAUGAAUUUCUAUAUAUGAACUCUAUCUAUAAGUAUAUUAUGGUUUAAGAUCUGAGAACAGUGCUAUAUUUAAAGAUGGCUGCAAUAAAGUUUGGCCCUCAGUUAAAAGAAUUACGAAUUCUUUUAUGUCAAACAUCAAAAUCUAGUCAAGGUGUCAGAGAUUUUAUUGAAAAACAAUAUGUAUCUUUAAAAAAAAGCAACCCACAAUUUCCAAUUUUAAUUAGAGAAUGUUCUUUAAUAGAACCUGCUUUGUAUGCACGAUAUGAAUUUGGAGUAGAACGAUCUUUUUCUCUACAAAAUUUACAAUCUGAAGAAAUACUUCAAAGGAUUCGAGAAAUAGCAACUAGCAAACCAAAAUAAUAUUUUUAAUAUUUAGUACACAUAUUGUAAUUUAUUUAGAUAUUAAAUAAAUUAGUGAUAUAAAAUAGUUUA